GAGAUUCCGUCCGGAGCCGAAGUCACCCGAUCAGCGACCCAGGGCGCCGACGGAGGGGCAUAAUCAAUGAAACAGACUUUGUACCGAUCUCUCGCGGUAUACCCGGAACUUUUCACCUCCGUCAGAUACGUCCGAAUAGCACACGACCAGUAACCGUCCCUCGAAAUACUACGCGCACGGUGUGUUGGCGUACGAUAACGUGCGAGUGUACGAUUCGGGUACAUUAUUAUUAUAUUAUCUCCAUUUUUUUUCCCUCGUCGUUCGAUCAUAUAAUAUCAUAUUACCUAUAUUAUUAUAUUGUGCGUUGUGUGAUCCGCAUCACUGUUAUGGUGUUUACGCGACACAGACCACGUUCCAGAGGACCAAAAAUUACAGUUGUUGACAAGAAAAAUGAACAGCACGCAAACGGCGCUUGAACACACCGAAAUACCCAACGAGGCGGAUUGGGCUCUGCAGGGAGACAUUCCGGACAGCAUCAAUGCUACUGGACUUCUAGCCGAAGACUUGGAAGAAUAUGGAGGUCUGACUGAAAUACAAACAUUGAUUUUAGCAUGCGUAGCCACAGUCAUACCCCUAUUCUUAGGGCUUCUACUCGUUCUCGGCGUGAGGAUGGUGUGGAAAAAAUACAAAAAUCACAAUACCAACAGCGGCUAUGACAACGACGGACUGCGCCGCGAAGACAGUUGCGAUGCGGUCAAGAGUUCGAGCUUCAUGCAGAGCGCCGAGGAGCUGAAGACCAGCGAAUCGCAGUAUUCCGUUCUGAUGCCUGACGAUGCGGCGUCGGCGGCGGUGUGUUGCUAUGCUGCGGCGAACGGUGCUUCCGCGCCGCUGCCACCGCUGUUGUACAAUAGUCCACCCAACAAUCGUUUUGGAGACACGAACAAAACGAACCUGAACGGGAGCAUUAUCACGUUGACGAUGAAAAACAACCAUCUGAUCGUGGAGACCGAGGAAAGAGUGCCGGGCGUUUGUAUGGCAUCGGCUAGUGAAGUGGCGGCGGCGGCCGCCGCUGCCGCUGCCGCCGAAGCAGCCGCCAAAUCGAUGGACUACGAGUACGACGACGACGAGUUCGACAUGGAGGCCGAAAUGUUGCGUCGCGAAUUCCGGGAGGCGUCCCUGUUGGCCAACGGCGACGGCGGCUCGGUGUGCGGCCCAGCCGCUGUCAAUCCGGCCGUGCUCGAACCCAGCAGCCAGACCCAGGUGGACCUGACGGUGGACCGCCGGCCGACCGCAUCCGCGGCCGUCCAACCACCACCGCACCAGCUGCAGCCGGCGGCCGCCGACCACUCGAGCGGCGGCUCGUCGUCGGUCGACUCGCGCGUGGCUGAAAUGGCGUACGCUUAUGGCAACCAGUCCGAGUACACGGCCGAAGACGUUCCGAGCAAACACUGCGGUAAGGCCUUCGCUGUCGUCAAGUCAGCGGCGGUGGCGUCUUCGGCGACCGCGGUUACCGUCAACAACAACAGCAACAACAACAACGACGACGAGUACCUGGUCGAACAACGUUUGUUAGGGAACGGCGCAGACGGCGGCGGUGGCUGCACUGGUAACGGUAACUCACCCGAAUCGCCACCGCCGAAUACCGAUAAUUGCUCACCGGAAGAUUGCGGCUUGGCGCCCGCCGCCGCCACUGCCACCGUCUCCCAGUAACGACAACGACACUUAUUAUAGUGCGUUUGUGUGUGUAUACGUUAGUGUGUAUAUGAUUAUGUAUGUGAUUGUGUGUGAGUGUGUGUGUGUGUAUGACUUUAGAUUUACGUUUGAGUAUAUUUUUAUUUUCUUCUAACACCACUGUCGACCUAAGCAGCUUACGACUAUUUUCUUACGAUUUUUGGAACGACAAAGGUAACUUCAAAUGACAUGCAAUGGAGAAAUCGCGCGUUCAAAAUCAAACGAAAAAAUCGAUUGAAAUUAUCAAUGUCUAAAAACCCAAAUGAUCCUAAUGACGUAUUAUUUAUUCUUCAUCAUACAAAGCAAAACAAAUUGAAUUUUAUUUUCUUAUCCAAACCAACCGACGGAGUAUUGUGUUCAAUGUCGAGUCUGUUAAUAUAUAACAAAAGUAUUCUGCUAAUGUUGUUUUUGGUCUUCUUGUGUGAUUGGUAUUUUUUUAAACCAUUACCUCGAGACUAUUAAUAAUUGUAGUCUAACGAUAUGAUAAUAGACAUUUUCCAAAACCUGCAGUGGUCAAUCUCGACACUGCAGGUCAGCCUCUUACCCGUAACGGACCAUAAUAUUGAUUAUUUCGACAUUUUACGCGCCGACUGGGUUAACACGUUAACGGUCCGACUGCAAUACAUAAUGAUCUUUGACGAGCAAUUCACAUUGAAAACGGGAUCUGAAAAAUUCUGAAAUGUUGCGUAUUAACCGUUAUCUGGGUGCUGUCGUUUCACUCGCGGCAACGUGCAGAACUAGAGAGAUAAUAAUAUUAUGGACAUGUGCGGGGAGGGGGUGUAUUACGUAUCAUAUUUACGCCAACCCUGUCGAUAUAAUAUGAGAUCGUAUAUUAUUGUUAUUAUUAUUAUUAUUUCUCCGUGCAAUAAUUUUAAAACCCUAACCGAUUUGUAGUGAAAACAAAACUGACGCGGUAAAAUAAUAAAAACCGAAAAUUGCUUUACCGCGUUAUGAUGGGCCGACGUUAUGACAUGUGCACUCAAUAUUUAUAAUAUUACAAAUACCUAUCAAUGCAAAUAUAAUAUAAUAACAUACUAUCAUCGUAUAUAAUAUAAACAUCUAUACACUCGUGUGCCGGGCGAUCCCUGAAAAACGUUGUUUGUGUUAUUCAACAACAAUCAUAAUCGGCCCGUUAUAAUAAUAUCAUGGGCUGUGCGACGAUAGUAAAUAGAUUGUAAAUUAAACGCUAAAUAAAAUGCAAGUGCAUAAAUUAUUACAUAUUAUAUGGUAUUAUGUGAGAGUGUAUUACUGUCAAUAUUUUUGGCCAAAGUGUAGGUACCUACCCUAUGUAAAUCGAUUAUAAUACAAACAAUAUACAUAUAUAUUUGUGCGUGGGUGUGUAUGAGAGAGAGAGAGAGAGAGAGAGUGUUUACCACGAACCCGUGGCGUACAAAAUUAACAUUUUACGAUUAGGUAAAAAUUAUUACCACGAUUUCCCGACGUCGAGGGUUUGUUAUUUCCGAAAUUAUUAUAUUAAUAUGAAACAGUAUCUCGAAAGUUCUGAAGUUUAUCGGUCGAUAUUUAUUUUGGUAACGGAAAAUACACAAAUAUCAAUACGAAUUAUAUGGAAAUGUUUUGCGUCGCAUAAUCAAUUUCACGAUUUAAUAUUUUCACUUCAUAAUACAUAUAAUAUGCGACGUAAAUCGAAGAUCGAGAACUGCAACAGUCUGGCCGCCGUGUAACUACAGUUAAACAUUAUGAUAUUACAGUGAUGGCGGAAUAUUAAUAUAAUACUUACUGUUGUUUGAUAUUAAAAUAAUGUGUCAAACGCACGUGGGAACAGACCGCCCGGCGUCAGUAGGAACUGUUCUGGGGAAAAAGUUAACUAGAAAGUCAUUUAUUGAAAUCAAAACUUUGUUACUGAAAGACAAACGUCAUAAGUUUGUUGUGUUUAUUUUAGAUGUAGGAUAGUACACCAUAUAAACGAACAGUGUAGGUGGUACUUCCUUACUUACACUUCCUAACACUUACUUCCUUCCGAUUAUUUAUUCCCGACGCUUUUUUCAUUAUGAUUAUUAUGAUUAUUUUAUAGUUUCCGUCGUUUUACUUUUGUGACGUGCCUGCGUUCCGUAAAAGCAAUUUAAGUCAGACGUACAUAAUAUUACGUUGAUCGUGAAAUUCGUCGAGAGUUGUUCUUGGCGGAUUACAAAUACCUCCGAGUACGCGUGUACAUAUAACUUGUGUAAAUAAAUCUAAAUACGUCCAAAUACUCAAUCGUAUAGUAUAAUAUUUAAUGUUUAUCGCAAAACUUAAUCUAGUCAGUUGUAUUAUAUUAUGUACAAUUAUAAAAUGUAUAAAUGUCUAUGUCGAGCGUUCUAGUUCCUAUAAUAUAACGUAAAAUGUAUAACUAAUAAUAUUAUGAUGAUUUCAAACUAAUUAUGUUUUUACACCUCAAUAGGUUAGUUAGUCCAGUGGCUGUUUAUUUAUUGAUAAUACUUUACUAAUUGUAUCUGUAUAAUAUAUAUAUUAGCACUCGGCCAGAAAUGCGCGUAUCGAGCUUGUGAGUUUGUGAUUUAAGACUCGUUUCGAUCUAAAAACAAUUGUAUUCAAACAACGCAGUGACCUAAUGAUAAUUAAAACCGACUCUGGUCAAGGUAUAUACCUACCAAUAAUAUAUUAUAAUAUUACGACAUUGUACCUAAUAAUUUAAACAACACUACAAUACGUUACGGACAAAAUAUGAAAUCGGAUGAAGUACACAGUGAACCAGGUUAGGCUUGGACCCAAUUACAAUGGUAUAAAAGUAGGGAAAUGUAUGCAUUGUCGGGAUAUUGUACAUGACAGGGAAAUAUCGUUGGGCGAUGUGUGUCAUCAAUUACCAAUGGUUAGUAUAGGAUUUAUUAUCGUUUUGUUUGUCGUCUUAUGGCCAAAGUCAUGUACGUAAUAUUACUAUGGUGUAAAGAGCGCAAAUACUCUUGUAAGACCAAUGUUCAAACUUGACGAGGAUACAAAUUACUCAUCUAUUAUCAUAUUAUAUAAUCUACAUGAAUAUUGUGCCAAUUAUUUGAUGGUUGUAUUUAUCAAAAAUUUACUCGACUGGAUAAACUUAAUGACCUUUAGACAAAUACUUAAGGAAAAACUAACGAAAAAUGAAAAAAAAAAAACACAGUAAAAUCCUGAUUUUGUCCAAUUCAAGUUUUUUCAUUUAUUCGUAAUUCCAAAAUUAACGAUGAUUAAAUUUCUUUAAAUAUGCACAGAAUACGUAAUUUAGCUAACCUUUGGAUUUUUUAAGAUCUAAACAUAUUUAAUAUAAUGUUAAAAUUACGUCAUUCUAUGUUAAAUAAUCUCAAUAAUUUGUAUUGUAUUAGCUCAAAAUGUCUAAUUUAUAUUUUGUCCAAAUUUUAUAUUUAUUUCUCAACUUAUUGAAAUACAAUAUUUAAAUCUAUAAUAAAUAAAUGAUUUUAUCUAUCAAAUUAUCUAGAUAGAAAUUAGAUAUUUUUAUUUUCAUUAUCUAUUUGAAAAUCAAUGCAUACCUUCAUAUGUACCUAGAUAAAUGUAUAACGUACAAUAAUAUUAUUAUAUGUAUCUGAUCUAGAUGUCAUUUUUGUGAUUUAUUCUCAACACUGUAAGUAAGACUCAUUUCGUAUAUAAAUUAAUAGAGUGAUAUAAUGUGUAUCGUAUUCGGCACAUCAUCGAUCACCGGGUUUUCGGCUAAAGCAUCGUAUUAUUAUUACGUUGGCCUAUCAUUAUUUAUUAUAUUCCACGUCAUAAUUUAUGCUCGGAAACAAUGCCAUAAUAUGGGAAAUAUUGCAAUUCACGUUGGCAAAAACCUUCGGGCUUUGUAUAUUAUUUUUCUAUUUCCUAGUUUGUCCGUAACGUUUAUAUUAUAAUAUAGGACCCACGUCUUGCACAUACGUCGCACAGGGUGCGCCCACUCCGCGCAAACUACUUUGAAAUAAUACUAUGUGUGUAUACUAUAUCUUAUUAUCUCGAUCGGCAUAUGUGUCCCUUAUUUCCCACCCCCAACCGACACCGUCGACCCAACACUUCUCGAUCAGUCUCCGUGUUUUUUUUUUACACCCACAUCAAUCCAUCGGCAACCCCGCCGGACGAGCAGCGCAACAGCGACCCGGCGAGUCCUACACUCCACGGGACUGCGCUUUUUAGGAUACGAUACGUCAACUUGAUUCUAUCCUAUCGUCGUCUACACUACCAUGGUGGUAGGUACCUACGAUACCGAUCGAUAUUAUAAUUUCUCCUGUACAAUAAUAUUAUGUGGCACGUGGGUACACAGAGCGCGUUAUGAAUAGCAAACGUUUUCUUCUCCGACGUUUAUUAUUUUUAUACGCUUUUCGGGAACUCGUCGACUAGCCGAAAAUGGACGAAUAAAAAAGACGAGUUUUUUGCAAAGGAGCGGGCGAACAUUAUAAAGCGUAAAGUGUCCGGCCAAUAGCGCAACCCUGUCAGCUGACGUAUAGCCACGCGAUCCGACCAUAUAAAUGGGCCCGUCGCCCAUCCGAUUGAAGCGUUUCCCAUCGAUCGGAUGUACUAGCAAAAUCACAUUAUUAAUACGAAUUUCAUUCUUUUUUUUUUUGUUUUAAACUCAACACGAGCGAUCGAGUUUCGAAAAUACUGACAGCGCGCUUGUGUGUGUUUGUGUGUGCCCGAUCGUAUUCAUAUAAGACUACAUAUUUUAUAAUAUAAUAUAAUAUUAAAUAAUAUUAUUUUUCUUUUAAAAAAAAAAAAAAAACAUUAUUAUACAAAAUACACUGGCAUAUCACAACCUAUCGUUUUUGAGACAUCUCCGCCCACUCACCUGAUAAUGAACGAUUAUUAUGAAUUCCAUCAUCGUUAAAUAGAAUUUAUAAUAAUAAUAUUGGCCACAUCAACUCGAUUUACUAUUCAAAACUAGAGUAUACAUGACAUUUUUAUGAAUAAAAUAUUAUUACUUUUAUAUAUUGUGUAGCAUAAAUUAGUAUCGUUUAUAAGUCGCAUGUUAUAUUAUAAUAUACAUAAUAUAAUAUAAUGUGAAUAUAAUAGUACCUAACUUGUCGUGUAACCAAAUUUAAUUUUGUUCUUACGAUUUGUGAACUUUUUUUAUGAUAUUUUUUAUGUAUAUUGUUUUUUUAGAAUUUUACGAAUAUAAAUGAAAUACAUUUUUACUAUAUAUUAUAUUAUAACAGAUAUUCUUGAAUCGUGAAUAUCUGAUACAACAAAGUGUAUGUAGAUGUUCCCUAUUUACUGUUCUGAAACCUGCUAAACCCUGCAUAAGCGUGUAAUUUAUGAUGAGUACAAUUUGUAUUGUUUUCGUAAUUUUUUUUUGUACUUUUCAUUCUUCCAAAAAUUUUAAUUUGGAUUUAUCUUGAUUUAUGUAAAACCAUAGUGCUAAUUGAGAAUAAUGUUGUAAUACUAUUGUCUAUUUCUACAAGUGUUUUUGUAUUAUUUUCGUUACUGAAAUUCAUUUUGUAAUUAAUGUUCGGUGACGUCCCGAUUUUGAGUUUAUAUAUUUUUACCGUCCAAUAUUAGUUAAGUUUGUUAUUUACCAAUGUAUCAGUGAAAUGGAUCGUUGUGAACUGUUCAGAUCCCACCUCGAAAUGGUGUGAUCUCAAAAAGUCGCAUGAAAAUUUCGAUUUAUUGUUAUUAUUAUUAUUUAUUUUUUCUGAACUGUACUCAAAAUUAUAUUAAAUUUCAUCUCAGUCGCGUUGUUGUCGUCCGUCUAAGUGUAUCCGUCCAGUUGUUUAUGUUACUGAAGCAUGACUGUUUGAUAACAUAUUUUCGCCCGAUAUUAAUAUUACGUAUCGCUGAAAAUAUACAGAAUACUCUUAUUGGCAUUCACGUGGCCCUUGCUUUGUAUUAUAAUAAUAUUAUACAUAGGUUGUUGGUUUUUUUUUCUUUAGAUCUAUGUAUUUCAAUAAACAGAAAACUUGUGUAAAAGUAUGUACAUGGAAUAUUAAUUAUAAUAUAAUUUAUCUGAUUAUGAAUUAUAUACGUUUAUUGUGCAGUGACACACAUACGAUUUACGACUUAAAUCGAUGGUUAAUUAUUCUAUACAACAAGUUGUAUAUAGUAUUUAAAUUAAUGUGACAUUCAUUUACACCAAGUUAAAAUAUUAUUGUUUUUUUUUUAAAUAGUUUUUCAUAUUUUAGUUAGGUUACAUAAGAAUGUAAAAUGUAUAAAAAAACUCGAAUUCCACCAAAGUACAAAAAUAGAUUGUUAUAAACGAAGAUCAAUUAUACGAUAUAAAAUGCUUUUACAAUAAUUGUCUACUACCUACAACUAUACUUAAUUUUUAUAUCGUUAUGUUAUAUGUUUUUCAAUUAUUUUUUUGUUCAUCAAUCAUUUUUUUAAACUUUGGAUUUUUACUAUACCUAGAGAGCUAGGUACAAUCAAUAAAGAUAGUUUCAAUUUUCAUGGCACAAACUAAAAAGUUCAAACUACAUACAGUUAUACAAACAUUAUAAACUACGGAAGUACAUUUUUUUAGCACCUAAAUUAUAUUUUAAUAUUUAUUAAUA